GUCAUUCUAAAACCCUGAAUUAGGGCUUUUCCCGCCCUUAAUUACCCUCUUCUCUUGCUGCUCCUCGCCUCGCCUUCUCUUCACUCCAACGCAGCAGAAAUCUCCGCUUCCAUCCUUCAGCAAUGGUGUCCGCGAAGCAGCUACUGUCAGCAAUCGAAGCGGCGCUGCUGGCGCGGACUCCGCCCCCCGCUGCCCAGAGGGUCGAGCUGAUGCACGCCAUCCGCCUCUCGCUCCCUUCCCUCAAAUCUCUACUUUCCUACCCGGCUCCGAAAGCGUCAGAUAGAGCUCAAGUCCAGUCCAAAGAAGUCAGACUGCCGGAUUCCCCGCCAAUCUCUCUCGAUGAUCAGGAUGUUCAGAUAGCUUUAAAGAUUAGCGAAGAUCUCCAUCUCAAUGAAAUAGAAUGCGUGCGUUUGCUAGUGUCUUCCAAUCAAGAGUGGGGAUUGCUAGGUCGUGACCCAUUAGAUAUUUAUCGUCUUGGCGUGGGACUUUGGUAUAUGGAGAGAAGAGAUCUACUUACAUCACUUUACAUGCUAUUGAGGGCUACUGUUCUUGAUCAGGGUCUCGAGGGUCUUGAAGCUGAUCUUGUUGCAGAAAUUCAAAGUUAUUUAGAAGAUCUCAUUGCUUCUGGACUUAGAAAGCGGAUUAUUUCACUUAUAAAGGAACUGAAAAGAGAAGACCCAACAGGUGUAGGAGGCCCCAAUUCUGAGAGCUACAUUCUUGACUCCAGGGGUGCUUUGGUGGAGAGAAAAGCUGUAAUUUCUAGGGAAAGGCUCAUUCUUGGUCAUUGCCUUGUUCUUUCAAUUUUGGUUGAGCGUGCAAGCACUGAAGAUGUUAAAGAUAUACUUUUUGCUUUAAGAGAAUGUGCUUUGGAAUACACGGGGGCCACAGAUACUAUGAAGCAUCAGAUUAUAUACAGCCUUCUAUUCUCUAUUGUCAUUGCUUUCAUAUCAGAUGCUUUGAGUACAGCACCUGACAAAGUGUCAGUCUUAUCUCACGAUGCUUCAUUUAGGCAUGGCUUUAAUGAGAUUGUGAUGGCUACAGGAAAUGAUCCUUUAGUUGAAGGUUUUGUUAAUUGUGUAAGGUUUGCAUGGGUUGUACAUUUGAUGUUGGUGCAAGAUGGAAAUGAUGUGAAAGAGAUAACAACUAGUACUUCUUCCAAUGAUAUGAAAAGUAUUUUCUCAUGCUUGGAAGUCAUUUUUGCCAAUAAUGUCUUCCAAUUUUGGCUCGAUAAGGUUCUCAGAUCUGCAGCUUAUCAGAAUGAUGAUGAGGAUAUGGUCUAUGUCUACAAUGCUUAUCUUCACAAGCUAAUGACAUGCUUUCUUUCACAUCCACUUGCCAGGGACAAGGUCAAAGAAACAAAAGAGAAGGCUAUGGCCAUGCUGAGUCCGUACCGCGCUGCUGGCACUCAUAACCAGAUGAUAGAGAGCAGUGCCCUUCCCCAAGAAACUUCUGAAAUUGCAAUACAACCUUUUGUCUCUCUUCUAGAGUUUGUCAGUGAAAUAUAUCAGAAAGAACCUGAAUUACUGUCUGGUAAUGAUGUUAUUUGGACAUUUGUUAAGUUUUCUGGUGAGGAUCAUACCAAUUCUCAAACGCUCGUGGCAUUCUUGAAGAUGCUAAGUUCCUUGGCUUGUACUCCAGAGGGCGCUUCCAAAGUUUUUGAGUUGCUUCAGGGGAAAAUAUUUCGCUCUAUUGGGUGGAGUACUUUGUUCGACUGUUUAUCUAUUUAUGAGGAAAAGUUUAAGCAGUCAUUUCAGACUCCUGGGGCAGUAUUGCCAGAGUUUCAAGAAGGCGAUUCCAAAGCACUAGUUGCGUAUUUGAGUGUUCUGAAAAAGGUUGUGGAAAAUGGAAAUCCCAGUGAAAGGAAGAACUGGUUUACUGAUAUCGAGCCACUGUUCAAACUCCUCAGUUAUGAGAAUGUUCCUCCUUAUCUCAAGGGUGCUUUGCGCAAUGCCAUUGCUACAUUUGUUCAUGUAUCUCCUAUUAUGAAAGAAACAAUUUGGAGGUUCUUGGAGCAGUACGACUUACCUGUUGUUGUUGCACCCAAUGCUGGAUACACUGGACAAACUAUGGAGACACAGGUGUAUGAUAUGAGAUUUGAGCUGAAUGAAAUUGAAGCUCGAGGAGAGCAAUAUCCUUCCACUAUCUCGUUCAUCAAUCUAUUAAAUACUCUUGUUUCUGACGAACAGGAUGUCAGUGAUAGAGGGCAUAGAUUCAUUGGCAUCUUCAGAUUUGUAUAUGAUCAUGUAUUUGGCCCAUUCCCACAGAGAGCCUAUGCAGAUCCUUCUGAGAAGUGGCAACUAGUUAUAGCAUGUCUUAAGCAUUUUCAGAUGAUGUUGAGCAUGUAUGAUGUAGGAGAAGAAGAUAGUGAUGCUAUUGUUGAUGAAUCUCAAAAUUCAUCGGGGCGGCAGUCUUAUCCAAUUCAUAUGCAGCUUCCAGUUGUAGAAAUUAUGAAGGAUUUUAUGAGUGGGAAAACCUUGUUUCGGAAUGUAAUGGGGAUUGUUUUACAAGGAGUUAAUUUUCUAAUCACAGAACGUACAAAUCAGAUUUACGGGCAUCUCCUUGAAAAGGCUGUCCUGCUUUGUUUGGAAAUUGUGGUUCUUGUUAUGGAAAAAGAUUCAAAUGUUUCUGACUUCUGGCGCCCCCUCUAUCAGCCUUUGGAUGUCAUUCUCUCUCAAGACAAUAGUCAAAUUGUAGCUUUACUUGAAUACGUUCGAUAUGAUUUUCUGCUGCAGAUUCAGCUAUGCUCCAUUAAAAUAUUGAGUAUUCUAAGUUCUCGUAUGGUUGGGCUCUCACAGUUGCUCUUGAAAUCUGGUACUGCUAGUACUUUGAUUGAGGAUUAUGCUGCCUGCUUAGAGAUGCGAUCUGAAGAGUGUCAAAUAAUUGAGGACAGCGGUACAGAUCCUGGUGUCCUAAUUAUGCAACUUCUUAUCGACAAUAUCAGUAGACCAGCUCCAAAUAUCACUCAUCUAUUGCUUAAAUUUGACAUUGAUGGCCCGGUUGAGAGGACAUUGCUUCAACCAAAGUUUCAGUACAGUUGUUUGAAGGUCAUUCUUGGAAUUCUGGACAAACUUUUGAUUCCAGAUGUCAAUGCUUUGCUUCAUGAGUUCGGCUUUCAGCUCCUUUAUGAACUAUGCGUGGAUCCAUUGACUUCUGCACCUCUUAUGGAUUUGCUGUGUACCAAAAAGUACCAUUUUUUUGUUAAGCAUCUGAGUUCAAUUGGUGUUGCUCCCCUUCCAAAGAGAAGCAGCAGCCAGGCGCUUCGGAUCAGCUCACUCCAUCAGAGAGCCUGGUUGUUGAAGCUUUUAGCUGUAGAAUUACACUCAGCAGACAUACUAGAUCGCAAUCAUCAUGAAGCCUGCCAAAGUAUUCUCACUGAGUUGUUUGGCCAAAGACAUGCGGAAUAUGGCAUUGAUCUCGAUGGAUCCAAUUAUCCCAUCAGUAAAAGUAAGGUGCUCGAGUUGCUUGGUGUUGUCCAGUUUGAGUCGCCUGAUAUCACUUUGAAGUCGUCGCAGUUUGUUUCUAGUGCAAAAUACUCAUCCCUGGCUGAGGAUAUCCUCUCCAGCCCAACUACAUCAGGAAGGAGUGUCUAUUACAGUUCAGAACGUGGAGAUCGCCUUAUUGACCUAGCAUCUCUUAGAGAUAGACUCUGGCAGAAAUUCAAUUUGUACGAUGCCCAGUCAAGUACUUUUCAGGGUGAAGCUGAGUUGAGCGAAAUAAGGGAAGCUAUUCAACAACUUUUAAGAUGGGGAUGGAAAUACAACAAGAACCUUGAGGAACAAGCUGCCCAGCUACAUAUGUCAACAAGCUGGUCGCAGAUUGUUGAGAUAGCUGCAUCUCAAAGGAUCUCAUUUCUUGAGAAUCGAUCUGAUAUUCUAUUCAAGUUACUAGAUGCUACCUUGAACUUCUCUGGUGCUCCUGACUGUUCCUUGAAGAUGGCUCAGAUAUUGACCCAGGUUGGUCUCACUUGCAUGGCAAAACUUCGUGAUGAGAGAUUUGUCUUCUCUAGUGACUCAUCAUCUGAUACCGUCACCUGUCUUGACAUUAUCAUGAGUAAACAAUUAUCUAAUGGAGCUUGCCGCUCUAUUUUAUUCAAGCUAAUCAUGGCAAUUCUUAGACAUGAAUCUUCAGAAGCACUGAGAAGGCGCCAAUAUGCAUUGCUUCUUAGCUAUUUCCAGUACAGUCAGCACAUACUUGAUUCCGAUGUUCCGGCAACAAUAUUGCAGUUCUUGUCCGAAAAUGGACAAGAAGAUGAAGAAUUAGAUCUUGAAAAGAUUGAUAAAGAUCAAGCUGAAUUAGCUCAUGCAAACUUUUCAAUCCUCAGAAAGGAAGGCCAGCCCAUUCUUAAUCUGGUAAUAAAAGAUGCUACACAGGGCAGUGAAUCCAUAAAGACUAUAUCAUUGUAUGUCCUGGAUGCACUCGUCCGAGUAGAUCACGAUAAGUUUUUCUUGAGUCAACUUGAGACUAGAGGUUUCUUAAGGAGUUGCUUCACGAGCAUAAGUAAUUUUUCUUGUCAGGAUGGUGGGUUUUCAUUAGAUUCUAUGCAGCGCCUCUGUACUCUUGAAGCAGAACUUUCUUUGCUUCUGAGAAUAAGCCAGAAAUACGGACGACUGGGUUCUCAGCAUUUAUUUUCAAUGGGAUCUCUGCAGCAUAUUGCUUCUUGCAGAGCUCUACAUCUACCUGUUAAGGGAAAUAUGAGGCGCCUUGACAACAAGUUCGGGAAGAAUUCUUUUGAUGUUGAUAAACUGCGAAUGGUGAUUGCUCCUACGCUGAGAUUCUUGUUUUCGAUAACUUCACUGGUUGAUACAUCUGAGUUCCUUGAGGUGAAAAAUAAAGUGGUUCGUGAAAUCAUAGAAUUCAUUAAAGGUCAUCAACUACUGUUUGAUCAAAUCCUCCAGGAAGAUCUUUUAGAUGCCAGUGAACUUACAAUGGAAAUAAUCAACCUCGUUGUGGGUAUACUUAGCAAGGUUUGGCCAUACGAGGAGAGUGACAAAUAUGGAUUAGUUCAAGGGCUAUUUGGAAUGAUGAGUUCUCUCUUUUCUCGUGACCUAGACAUUUUCUCAUCGAUACAAUCUGUACGAUCAGAGAACUUGCAGAAAGCUGAUGUUAGCAUCUCCCGUCUCUCCUUUAGUUUGAGCUCUUACCUUUAUUUUCUUGUUACAAAGAAGUCUCUAAGGCUGCAGGUUUCAGAUGGUGCUACUGCUUCUGCAUCCCAACAGCCUACACUAGCUUUGCUAGCUACUUUCCUUGGUAUCCUAGCUUCUGCACUUGAAAAAGCUGCAGAGGAAAAAUAUUUGUUGCUCAACAAGAUUAAAGACAUCAAUGAGUUAUCAAGACGAGAAGUUGACGAAAUCAUCAAUUUAUAUGUAUCCCAAGAUUAUGCUCCAUCCUCUGAAAGUAUCCAAAAAAGGAGGUAUAUUGCAAUGGUGGGUAUGUGCCGGAUCGUUGGACACAGGAGUCAGCUUAUCAUGCUAUUGCUUCUGCUAUCACAAAAUUUGAUGAACAUCAUCCUUGUUCAUUUUCAAGAUAGUUCAAAUGCUCAUGAUUAUAGACACUCUCAGAAGGCAAUCACAUAUGACACCUCGCUAGAUGAUAAAGAGGACAUGCUUUUGCUUUGUGGAGAACUAGUUUCAGUUCUUGAGAGACUUGAAUCUCUGAGUGAGGACAAAACAGGGAACAGCCUUGAAGUUUUCCGUCGGUUGGCCCGAUCACUGAAGGAAAUGUCACUUCAGAAGCAAUAUCUUCUUGAUGUUUGAAGGUGUGUUACUGAGUCUUUUCUUUGUAUGUCAUAACGUGGGAAGGCAUUCUGCUUUGUAUUUAUCCCAUCUCCUUCAAUCGAAUAGAAUAACUUUGUAUGGCUUUGUAUGAAUCAAAUAUAGAUUUAUGCUUCUAUUUAUGUAACAUUGUAUUGGUUUAUUGAGUUUACAAUGAAGAGCCCCUUCUAAUUUUCCUCUGAA